AAGCAGGACUGCACAGCUACAUAGGAAGCUUAAAGCUAAUCAAAAGGCUUCAUUCACCAAAAUACAGGGCGUGAUAACAACAGCUGCUCAAAGUUCAACUUCAUAGCUUCCAUGUACAAAGUAGAAAGAAUGGAAACGUCAUUCACUGUCUUUAACCUUCCAAAGGUGGAACUUCAUAUCCAUCUAGAUGCAUGCAUACGACCGGAAACUAUUUUGCAUUUUGCCAAGAAAAAAAACCUGCAGUCACCAUGGUUUCAAAAUCGUGAAACUCUUCUAAACCAUGUUGUUUGCACUAAGCAAGGAAGCCUCACAGAGUUCCUCUCCAAGUUUCAUAUCUACAUGCCAGCAGUGGUUGGUGAUCGUGACGCAGUGAGAAGAAUUGCCUAUGAAUUUGUAGAAACUAAAGCCAAAGAAGGCGUUGUCUAUGUGGAGGUCAGGUACAAUCCUCACCUCUUCGCCAACUGCAAGGUGGAUCCGAUCCAGUUUGGACAGAAAGCAGGGGAUCUCACUCCAGAGGAAGUGGUUGAACUUGUCAACCAAGGGCUGAAAGAAGGUGAGAGGGAUUUCAAUAUCAAAGCCAGGUCCAUUCUCUGCUGCCUGCGCCAUAUGCCCGAAUGGUCUCCGGAAAUUGUUGAGCUCUGUAAAAAGUAUCACAAUGACACUGUUGUGGCUAUUGAUCUUUCUGGAGAUGAAGGGCUAAAGAGUGAAUACUUUCCUGGACAUCUGCAGGCAUAUGAGGAGGCUGUUAGAAGUGGAAUACAUAGAACGGUACAUGCUGGUGAGGCUGGGCCAGCGUCAGUGGUGAAAGAGGCUGUAGAGCUACUGAAGGCUGAGAGAAUCGGACAUGGCUACCAUACCGUGGAGGAUCCGGCACUAUAUAAGAGACUGCUCCAAAUGGACAUGCACUUUGAGAUGUGUCCGUGGUCAAGUUACGUCACUGGCGCGUGUGACUCGGACUUUACAAAGCAUCCCCUAAUCCAGUUUAAAAAAGAUGGCGCCAAUUGCUCUUUAAGUAAUGAUGGACCCCUUCCCAUGAAUUCUUCACUGGAAACUGAUUAUAACAUUGCAAAGACUUACAUGGGAUUCAAUGAAGAGGAUUUCAUGCGGAUGAAUAUCAAUGCUGCCCGCUCUUGCUUUUUGCCUGAGGAAGAAAAGAAGCAACUGCUUGGUUUAUUGUACAAUGCGUACGGGAUGAUUGAUCUUUAACUGAUAAAUAUGAAAGCACCAAUGACCCGAGCAGCUUCAGAACACU